UUUAGCCUUCAUGCCAUAUAAAGUCAAUAAGAGAAGCGCCUUAUGAAUAUUCUCAUCGCAGACCUAACCUGUAUCAUUAUCUAUGUGCAUAUAUAUACUUGUGCAAGGGACUGCAUUGAAGAAAUUGAAACAUUCAUUUUCUGAUAUUUCCUGAACCAACAUGGCUGAUCAUCAACAGCGUAUUCACCCAGUCCCAGAUGUGGAGGCAUCACCACACACACCGUCAGCUCCACUGUUCCCAAGGGACGUAUCAAAGUCCGAUCAUGGCGUACCAGUGGAGGAGCGGGCUGCUCCGGCGCCGGCGCUGAAGAAAAGAAGGUCAAGAAGUUGCUGCUGCAAGUUUCUGUGCUGGAUCAUAAGCCUUCUGCUGAUACUAAUAGUAGCCAUAGGCAUAACCAUAGGAAUUCUGUUCCUUGUGUUCAGGCCAAAGCUUCCCAAAUACUCAAUAGACGGGCUUACAGUUACCCGGUUCAGUCUUUCAGAAGACAACAAUCUCUCUGCAACUUUCAAUGUGACAGUCACAGCUAGAAACCCAAACAAGAAGAUUGGAAUAUACUACGAAGGAGGCAGCCAUGUGAGUGCUUGGUACAUGGACACAAAAUUAUGUGAAGGGUCUUUGCCUAAGUUCUAUCAGGGUCACAAGAACACUACAGUGCUUCAUUUGCCUCUUUCCGGGCAAAUACAGAAUGCAACUGAGUUGCAGGCUGUGAUUCAGGAGCAAAUGCAGCAGACUGGGAAUAUUCCUCUGAACCUUAGGGCAAAGCAACCCGUGAGGAUCAAGCUUGGGAAGUUGAAACUGUUCAAAGUGAAGUUCAAGGUUAGGUGCAGGCUUGUGGUGGAUAGAUUGGAAAGCAAUAAUGAGAUCAAGAUUGUAAGUAGCAGUUGUAAGUUCAGGCUUAGGCUGUGAAUUCAUUCCUAGUAGAGAAUAUGGCUUUUGCUGGUUUUACUGCUAUUUUUUUGGGUUCCUAUUGGAUUUGUAUAUGUUUCAAUAAUAGAUGGAGGAUUGGUUGCGGAUUUUUCCUCUCCAUCCAUAUUUGUGUUACGAUUUUUGUUCUUAGAUUAUAGUUUUCCAGAGACCUCCCUUAUACAUUAUAUAUAGUAUAAUGAUUAUUAAUAAAGUCAUACCUAUUUUUUAUACUUUUAUGAUUACAUUUUUAUUGAAAAUCUAGCAACUGCACGAAAUUUUUAGAUAAAUAAGUUAUUUUCUAAUCAAUUUAUAAUGUUCUUAUUCAAAUACUAUACGUUUGUUAUGUUUUGCUUAAGAAAAACUAUUUUAAAAAAUAUAUCGAACAUUGUUUGGAUUCUGCAGAUUCAAAUAUAUCGUAGAAAGAUUAAGGGGAAAAAGUGAAUGACUAUAAUUAUAAUUUUA